GGUCAGACAUGGCCGCCUGCAGCAAAGGACUCGACAGAUUCAUCUUCUCUCUGAGGUUGUUGCGGAACCUGCAGCUCAAGAAUGAACGCUUCGUGUGCACGUCGGUGCGUCUUGGCAGCAGCGACCCCCCCAAGUUCACUCCUCCACCCAGACCCGUCAUCAUCGACAAGACUCAGUCUGUGACGUCUCUGCGGAAGUUCCUGAGCCCAGAGUUCAUCCCCCCACGGCAGAGGACCCAGCCCCUGAAGUUCUCCAUGGAGAGGAAGGACAUGAUCCGCAGGAGGAAGGUGCUCGACAUCCCCGAGUUCUACGCAGGGAGUGUCCUGGGAGUGACCAUGGCCGACCCGAACGCCAGCGGGAAAACCAACCGCUUUGUUGGGAUCUGCAUCCAGAGGGGGGGGAAAGGCCUCGGAGCCACGUUCGUCCUGAGGAACAUCAUCGACAACCAAGGUGUGGAGAUCUGCUACGAGCUCUACAGUCCUCGCAUCCAGAACAUCGAGGUGCUGAAGCUGGAGAAACGUCUGGACGAGAACCUGAUGUACCUGAGAGAUGCGAUGCCUGAGUACAGCACCGUGGACGUGAACAUGAAGCCCGUGCCCUUCUCCCCGACCGGAGAGGUUUCUCUCAACAAGCUCAAAGUGAGGAUGCGCCCCAAGCCGUGGUCGAAACACUGGGAACGGCCCAAUUUCAACAUCCAGGGCAUCCGCUACGACCUGUGCAUGACCCCCCAUCAGACGGAGUUCGUGCAGAAGUGGGCGGAGCCCUGGCGGGAGUACGACAUGCUGAAGGAGUACGACACGUCCAAGCUGGAGGAGAAAAUCUUCAAGGAGGUGCAGCAGGAGAUGGGCAAGUGAGGACCUGGAGGUCAAAGGUCGUUUUGCUUUAACCAUCGGGAAGAGACAGUGAUGUGGGGGGGGCAGGGAUGUGGAACUCUGCUGGACGUUCAUCCAGAUGUUUGCUACAGCUGCACAUGUGGAUGAGGAGGAGCCAACAUGGAAGCUGGUGUGUUCUGCCUUCUCCACUUCCUCUCAUCCACCAGUCUGCCUGACGAUGAGUUCUGUCAUCACUGGUAUGAGAUGUGACAUUUGCCAUUCAGCAGAUAUUAAGUGUUUCCUAUAAUAAAACAUAUUCAUGUAACUCCAA